AUGAGUUGCAUGGGACUCAACUCGACGGAAUUGCAGGAGGCUCGCGACUACUUCAAGCAGGUGAGUCGCCCGAAUUCCGCGUUCCGUCGUCGUCAUCGGCGAACUGGAACGCUUCUCGAAAUUUGUGCGCAUUUUUAGCACCUAAUUAUUAGGUUUUCGCUCAUUUCUCCUCGGCGCCGUUCGGCUGGUUUCCCUUUCUCACCAAGAAAAACAUGUGUAACCGACACACACACACACACAGAAUAUACAUUAAUUAUCGUCUGAAUCAUAUUUUCCGUUGUCGACGGCACGGCCGUUCGUUUAUUAUGGAAAUGGGAUCGACCGGCGGAGCAGCACCUUAUUGCUCCGAAGAAGAAUUCCUUCUUCUUCUUCUUCUUCUUUCUCUUCUUCUUUCUCUUCUUCUUUUCACAAGUCGUCCUUCUCAACCCACAAUCGAAUCAUGAAUGGCGUCGGUCGGAGCAGAAAAGGGAGAAAAGAAGAAGAACACGGAAUAGAAUUGAGUUUUUGCGGGCAACAUCGUCAGGACGCACAUAGUUGAGCCAAUUUCUAGAGCAAUGAGCUCUGGAAAUUCAACUGAUGAGCAGCACUUUCGGAUCUGCGAAAAAAGAGAGAGAGAGAGAAAGAUGGACUUCUUCUCAAUUAGCAAAGUGCGACGUGUUCGUUUGCUUUCAUCGCAAAUUUUAUUCGAACGCCCUUUUCCCCCUGCCACCGAUCUGUAAUUCGCCAAAGUGGAAAACAACGAAUCCAUCAUUUUUCGCUCGAAAAUAGAAUUGCGGAGGGAGAAAAUGUUUGCCGCGCCGUGCUCUCCGGAGAUUUGAACCUCUCCUUUGACAGCCGAAACGCACUCGUACUUUGCAAAAACCGAGUUUGCCUGCCACAUUUAUGAAGUAUAUAUACGUUAAAGAAUCUGGAUGGGGGGAAUUGGAGAGGUGUAAACAUUCAGAACACGUCGUAUACAUUCUCAAGAUGAGACGGACGGGCAGAAGGAGCGACGAGUAAACAAAAAUCAGUAGUGGGGAAAGGGCGAGUGAAGGACCAUUUGGAAGGCGUCACGAGGAGGACAGAAGGGCUUGGAUUUCAGAGAAAAAGACAUAUUCCGAUCAAUACGAGAAGUCGCUGCUAAUUGGCUCGUUGCACCCGCCGAAAAACGAUCAGAAUAUGACACGUGCGUGUCGGAGAUCGUGCACAAAGCGCUUCUAGAGGGACUUUCCCGCGAUCGCACUCGUUCGCCUUUCCUAUCUUUCCUUUCUCAGCUCCGAAACUUCCAGCUUUUGCAGCUGCUCCUGCCCUUCUCCGCCUCGUUCACCGUCGUCCACAACUACGUAUACGUCUUCCUCUGCGUGCUCGGAGUCUUCGCCAACAUCUCGAUCGUCGUCGUGCUGCUCCGGCCGGCCAUGCGGAAGUCUCCGUUCAACCUCUUCCUGGUCGUCAUCGCCGUGUGCGACGCCUCUCUGAUGGCCACCUACUUGAUGUACAAACACGUCGAACUGUGCCAUCCGUGGUAUUUCUCGUUUCCGUGGGCAAUCUACACCAAAUUCUACGCGAUAUUCUCGGUGUUUGUGCACUCGUGCAGUCUCUGGCUCACCGUCAAUAUGGCCAUUCUGAGGUGAGCAGGAAAUGAAACAUUCCCGCCCGCAAUUUCCGUUUUCCCUUCAGAUUCUUGGUGCUUUACCGAGGAAGCCGAUCAGAAACGAGGAUUCCGCCGUGCAAUGGAUUCGGAGCCGCCUUCGUCGCCAUCGUGCUCGCCUUCGGAAUCGCCUGCAUCGGCAGCCUACCCAUCUUCAUCCGCUAUAGAAUAAUUGAGGGAGAGGUCGGAGCGGUGCCCGAUCUGUGUCUCGAGGGAAAGUACAGAGAAGACUGGAAACCGAACGACAUGAUCCAAUUCUACGGACUUAGCCAGCCGUUGUGGUGGGAUUGCGACUGGGAACGGGUCAAUUACUGGAUGGCCGGUAGGCGUGUUCCCCCGAAUCCCGUGACAACCAGACGUUUUCAGCCCUGAUCCUGAAGCUGAUCCCGUGUCUCCUGCUCACAAUUUUCAUGACUCUGCUCGUCCGAAUGCUCAUCGAGGCUCGCGAGCGACGUUCCCGUCUGUGCGGCGGAAUCGGCAACGGGAACUCGCAGGCGGAGAGGACGACGGCGAUGCUCACGGGAAUCGUCGCCAUCUUCCUGAUCACCGAACUUCCGCAGGGCGUGCUGACGUUCGCCGCGGGGGCCCACCCCCGUCUGACGUUCCUCACUCUCCAGCUGAACAACGUCUUCGACCUUCUCAGUCUCAUCAACAGCGCCGUCAAUUUCGUGCUGUGUGCGCUCAUGUCACACGUUUUUAGAAGGUGUGUUUUGAUUAUGACGACUGUAGGGAUUCUCGAAUUUCACGUUUCUUCUCUUUUUGUGUUCUGACUUGGUGCCUAAUGUAAACACAAAACAAAAUGAUGAAAUGAGUCAGUAGAAGGAGCUCUCAUUUUCCGUUUUUCAGAGAAUUCCUCCAAACGUUCGGAGUGUGCUGUCCACAGUCAUCGGAAAAUCACAGUGGAGCGCCGAUCAACAAGACUUCGAACCGAACGGUAAGUGUGCCGGACGGAUCAAUAUCAUCCCAAUCAUCCAUUUGCAGCUUCUCUCCACAUUUAGCAGCAUCGCCAAACCGAAACAUUCGAAAAAGAACGGAUUCCUUCCGGUGCCGACCAACUGUCCAGAGGACAAGAACACCGUGCAACUGGCCAUGAACUAG